AGAAGAGCACCUCGUACUUCCUCCUACCUAGGUAAUUGAAUAGGCACGUUUGGACUCUGAAGGAGCCACAGUUUUUAAUCUAUUUAUUAUGGAAAGAAGAUGUGAGAAGAAACAGCCAGAGUGAGCGUCAGUGCCGGGCAUCAGCAGAAUUGUAAGCAUAUCCAUUGUUGGAGUUGGAAAACUACAGUUACUCCGCCAAGUAAAGAGAUGACAGAACAUGUUAGGCCAAGCUGCUCAACUGGGAAGCUGCGCAUUCUCAUUCGAUCCUCUCUCUUCAGCUACCUGAUUUUGCCGCUAGUUCUUGUGCAAUUAUGUUCAAACCUUGCUUCGGCUGGUUCCCCUGUUAAGUUUCUCCCAGGAUUCGAAGGACCUCUGCCAUUUGAACUCGAAACCGGGUAUAUAGGAGUUGAUGAAUCAGAGGAUGUGCAGCUUUUCUACUACUUUGUCAAGUCAGAGUCCAGUCCUGAAACAGACCCUCUUGUGCUCUGGUUGACUGGAGGCAAUUGCUGCACCUCAUUCUCUGGGCUUGCUUAUGAGAUAGGGCCAAUAAAAUUCGAGCAAGUGCUGUACCAUGGGACUUUGCCCAAGUUGCUGUUAAAUCCCUAUUCUUGGACUAAGGUGGCAAGCAUAAUAUUUGUCGAUUUGCCAGUGGCAAGUGGUUUUUCUUAUGCAAGGACUGCAAAAGCUUCUCAGUCCACAGUUUUACAAGCCUGUAACCAAGCCUACGAAUUUCUUAGAAAGUGGCUGGUUGAUCAUCCAGAGUUCAUUUCCAGUCCAGUCUAUAUUGGUGGAGACUCGUACUCAGGGAUUACUGUACCAAUUGUCACUCAAAUUAUAUCAGAUGGAAAUGAGGUCGGUAUUGAGCCACAUAUCAAUCUUAAGGGAUACAUACUAGGAAAUCCUUCCACCACUCCAGGUGAUGGAAACUAUGCAAUCCAAUUUGCUCAUGGGAUGGGGCUAAUUUCUGAUGAGCUCUAUGAGUCCUUGAAGCUUUCCUGUAAAGGAGAAUAUCGAAACAUAGAUCCCAGCAAUGCCCCCUGCUUGCGAAAUAUGCAGGCAUACAAUCAGUUACUUAGUAACAUUAACGAGGGACAUAUUCUGGAGCCUGACUGUCCUUAUGCUUCCCCAAAGCCAAACAAUUUAUUCACUGGCAGGAGAUCAACUAUUCAAGUGUUCUGUAAGAAGACUCGAGAGCUGAAAAUUCAGGAACUUUCUGCACGAUUUACGUGUCGUAUGGAUGGAUAUAGACUUGUUUAUCAUUGGGCUAAUGACGAGAGUGUUCAAAAGGCCCUCCAUGUCCGGAAGGGGAGUAUUGGAGAAUGGAUAAGAUGCAACUGUCGCUACCCGUAUAUAAGGAAUAUAGGAAAUAGUUUGCCAUACCAUGCAAACCUCAGCAUUAGAGGCUACAGAUCUCUGAUAUACAGUGGUGACCAUGAUAUGCUUGUGCCACAUUUUGCAACUCAAGCAUGGAUAAAAUCUCUUAAUUAUUCCAUAAUAGAUGAUUGGCGCCAAUGGAUUCUACAGGGCCAAGUUGCCGGUUAUACGAGGACCUACGCAAAUAAGAUGACGUUUGCAACAGUAAAGGGAGGAGGCCAUAUUCCUCCUGAGUACAAGCCUGCUGAAUGUCAAGCAAUGUUUGAAAGGUGGAUAUCUCAUCAGUCUCUAUAAGCAAAAGGUCCAGUCCUAAGUAUGGCUGCAACUUGCAUCCCAAACUUCGCUGUCUAAGUUAUGUUUAUUUUCAAGGGGCUGCUUUCUUAUCAAAAUAGACUGAAAAAAGAACACAAAUAAAAUGUAGUCGAAGCUGGAGUCACCAAGAGGUGAGGUAGCGCGAGGUUGGAGUUCUAAACUAAGCAAGCCCUGCAAUUCCUUUAUAGAUUAAUUAACAAGACGUGGAUAUGAAGCACGUCUUAUCUAUGCAAAGAAUUUCCAGAUUGUGCUGAUGAUAUUCGUUGAUUAACGCUCUGCUUUAUUCAGCCAAAUAUUGCUUGUAAUCGGUUACGGCUUGAAAGUUGGAACUGGGGAUCAUGCAAUUCAUAUGAUCAACUGCCAAGAGGCUUGUUGAGCAUUUAUAAUUUGCGAAAGAAGGUUGGUAUAGAGCUGCUGCUUUGUCCUUUAUCAUUAUCA